CUUUUACAAGUGUAGUAGUGGUAGCAGCAGUGGUAGCAGGGCCCUCCCUCUGUCUCUGCAGAUAAAUAUUCGCAGCCUGCUAUUCCAGGCAUGGAUGACGGUUGCGGUGAGACAUGGCAGUGCGACAUUACACUCUCGACUUUAGCCUCUCUACGGCAGUUGACGCCACCUCAACAGUUCCUGGGUUGCUGUCCAUAUUUCAUGAGCAGGAACUGACAGAGACUGUUCAUGAUACAAACGGACAUGGAUACCUUGCUACGUUUGUAGGGAAAAAUGGCCGGCUUGUGAUUCUGCGUGUGCACUCCCAUGGGUUGGUCACCAUUGAUCUGCAGUGUUAUGAAGAGGAUAAUAUUGCACAAUUAGACAAUCUUUUAAAUGCACUGGAAAAGAAGCUCAAAGUUCUCUUAAAUGGCAAUAUUACACGGAUUAAAAAGCUCCCAGCCAUCGUUCGAGGGGCUAAAGUGGACCGAUACUGGCCUACAGCUGAUGGCAGACUGGUUGAGUACGACAUUGACAGGGUGGUGUACGAAGAAGACUCUGCAUACCAAAACAUAAAAAUAUUGCACUCGCAGCAGUAUGGAAAUAUCUUAGUGCUCGAUGGAGAUAUUAACCUGGCAGAGAGUGAUUUUGCCUACACUCGAGCAAUCACAGGAAACGGUAAAGAGGAUUAUGCUGGAAAAGAGGUGCUGAUAUUAGGAGGCGGUGAUGGAGGCAUCCUUGCUGAGUUGGUGAAACAAAAGCCAAAGAUGAUCACCAUGGUGGAGAUUGACCAGAAGGUGAUAGACGGGUGCAAAAUGUACAUGAGAAAAACUUGUGGCAAUAUCCUGGACAACCUGAAGGGAGACUGUUACCAAGUGCUAAUUGAGGACUGUGUUCCCUUGCUGAAGAAGUAUGUCCAGGAAGGAAGGACGUUUGAUUAUGUAAUAAAUGACCUCACUGCAAUCCCAAUAUCCACCGCACCAGAAGAAGACUCAACAUGGGAGUUCCUGCGUCUCAUCUUAGAUCUGUCAAUUCAAGUCCUGCAUCCUGCUGGGAAAUAUUUCACACAGGGUAACAGCGCAAACCUGACAGAGGCACUGAGUUUGUAUGAGGAACAGCUGGGAAAACUGUUGUGUCCUGUGGACUUCCGCAAAGAGGUGGUGUGCGUGCCCUCCUACCUGGAGCAAUGGGUUUUCUACACCGCAUGGAAGAAGUAAAACUUCUAGUUUUCUCUCUUUCUCUCUUUCUCUCUCUCUUCGCAGCAGAAGCAAUGUGAAUGGUCAUUUUUUCUGUUGCCUUAAGGUGAGGUGUGUUCAGACUAAAUGUGACAUAAAAAUCACUACUGGCACAACAGAGUUUGGAGUAAUGCACUGUGAGUUUAAAUGAAAAGAAAAAGUGGGGGAAAAAAUAGCUCCUCAGUUGUUAAUACUUGCACAGGCACACUCCAAAAACACAUGACGCUCAUUGUUAGUGAGCCACAGCUGAUGGACUAUGGCACUGUAAUCAUCUGCCUUUGCUUAACAAGUAUGAACCGCAAAACACUCCUAAACUUGAUUCAGUCAUGUUGGUCUGGAAUUAAAAACUUUGAUUUCAGUCUGAACACAUCUUAACAGGCACAGUGACAGUUUUACCACCCCCUACUAUCCCCAUUCUUCCUUUCUCUUUCUUCCUGAUUUAGUGGUUUUGGUUUAUGUUACAUAAUUUGAAAUGUCCAUUUGCAUGUGCUCUGCAGGAAUUGUUUGUUGUUGAAACACUGAUUUGAUACACUGAUAAUGUGGUGUAAUUCUUAUUACCAUGGGUGCGUGUUCUCGUUUGUUUUCUCUCUCUCUUUAAUUCUGAGUAACAACCUCAGAUUGUGUGAUAGGCCAAUGGCUAGUGUCAGCCUACCUGAUGCUUUUGUUUUUGUUACUGCCACGCAAAUGUGAUCUGAGGCAAUGUGAUCAUGCCCAGUCAUACUGGUUUAAGUCUGAAUGUGUUUUGAAAGGGAAAUGAUUCCUCCAUGUUAAUGCCACCCCUGUGCUCGUGCUGUUUUUAUGCUAUGUUUUAUUAGCACCUUCUGUUUUCCCUGAUAGAUUUUAAGUUUUUUAAGACUGUGUUAGGUGCAUGUAAAGGACGGUGAAUGUAGCUUGCAUAUACAGUACACAGCACAUUUGACCAGCCCUGUGGGACAUUUAUUUAUUCAUUCUAAGUUCACUGAAUGCUGUCCUGUCCUACACGAGAAAAGCCUGUGACCAUCUGCAAAUAAAGUGUUUUGGGGGAAACAUGUCUA